CGAAGGAGUCUUCGCCUGCAGGAAGCAGGUUAUUACACACAGGACGGGACAAAAACUAUUUCCUACAAAGAAGUCCUACACAGGAUCUUUCGGAGGAGGAAUGGUCAUCGCCAUGGACGGCAUCACGUGGACGUUCCAGAUAACCAGGAGUCCACUGACAGAGAUGAGUCCACUGACAGAGAUGAGUCCACUGACAGAGAUGAGUCCACUGACAGAGAUGAGUCCACUGACAGAGAUGAGUCCACUGACAGAGAUAAGUCCAAUCAGACGGAACGCACUUGGACCACUGGAACAGUGAUUAUCAUGUGUUUUUUAUGGCUGCUCUUUCUGCCUGCUGUCUUUGUAAUGCAACACAUGCAAAUAACAGAGCUCAAGCAGGAGGUGCAACUACUGAAACAAAGGAUGAACACUUCUUUCCCUGUGAUAGACAGAGUGUCAAACUUUGCAUUAGAAUCACAAGGUGCAAGAGUUUUAGGCCAUUUGUCAUCCGACACGUAUUGGCCGAAAGGAUCUGGAAUAUGGGAUGAAAUAUUCUCUUGGUGGUGGUCAUCGAAAGCCCAGAGAAGAGUUAUACAGGGACAUUCUUCACUACGUCCAGGAGAAUGCUGGUCUAUUUCAGGCGAAAAAGGACAUUUAGUUGUGUCCCUGUCUCACCCAGUCUCCAUCACACAAGUGACACUCGGCCACAUCACCAGAAGCCAGUCUCCAAGCGGACAGAUCGCAAGUGCACCAAGGGAAUUUUCAACCUAUGGGAUGAGGACACAGGAUGAAAUAGGCACCAACUUGGGAACAAUGGUUUAUGAUCAAGACGGCCCAGCAUUUCAGACCUUCAACCUGACUAAUCCAGACAGAGGAAUCUUCAGAUAUGUGAAGCUGCAAAUUGAAAACAACUGGGGUAACAUGCAUUACACGUGUGUAUACAAUUUCAGAGUUCAUGGUGAGGUGAGUAAGUAGAAUAAGUAGAUCAAUCUCAAAACAUCAGGAUUAGGUAAAUUUGGCCCUUGUGUAAUUUAACUGUUAGUAUCUUUAUACAGUCAUGGAAAAAAAUUAGACCACCCUUGUUUUC